UCCCAAUCCCGGGGCCGCGGAGUGGGGGUGGGCAUGGGGAGGGGAGUGUGAGAGCAGCACCCACCCCUCGACCCUCUCCCUCGGCCCGGGGACCCCAGCCCAGGGCGCGGUCAGUUGGCACGGGGCCGGCACUCCGCACCCCGCAGCCGCCUUGCCAGGGGUCCCGGGCGGCCGCGGCCGUCGCGCGUUCCGGCGGCGGCGGGAGGGGCCGGGGCGGCCCCCAGCGUGACGCAGCCGCCGUUGCCAUGGGUCGCCUUAUAAAUAACCGGGCUCGGGAGAAACUUUAGAGAGUCAGAGCCGCGCACGGGACCGGGAAGGGGAACCAUCGGAGGGUCCAGUCGCCAGCCCCCGCACUUCCAGCGGCCACGCCGGCAGCAGCAGCGGCGGCAGCAGCGGCAGCGGCGGGGACCCGGCGGCCACAGCUCGGAGCCGGGAGGCCUCGCCACCUGCGGGCCGGCCGCAGCGGGCAGCCCCAGGCCCCCCUCCCCGGGCACCCGCGUUCAUGCAACGCCUGGUGGCCUGGGACCCAGCAUGUCUCCCGCUGCCGCCGCCGCCUGCCUUUAAAUCCAUGGAAGUGGCCAACUUCUACUACGAGGCGGACUGCUUGGCUGCUGCGUACGGCGGCAAGGCGGCCCCCGCGGCGCCCCCCGCGGCCAGAGCCGGGCCGCGCCCCCCCGCCGGCGAGCUGGGUAGCAUCGGCGACCACGAGCGUGCCAUCGACUUCAGCCCCUACCUGGAGCCGCUGGGCGCGCCGCAGGCCCCGGCGCCGGCCACGGCCACGGACACCUUCGAGGCGGCUCCGCCCGCGCCCGCCCCCGCGCCCGCCUCCUCCGGGCAGCACCACGACUUCCUCUCCGACCUCUUCUCCGACGACUACGGGGGCAAGAACUGCAAGAAGGCGACCGAGUACGGCUACGUGAGCCUGGGGCGCCUGGGAGCCGCCAAGGGCGCGCUGCACCCCGGCUGCUUCGCGCCCCUGCACCCGCCGCCUCCGCCUCCGCCGCCGCCGCCUCCCGCCGAGCUCAAGGCGGAGCCGGGCUUCGAGCCCGCGGACUGCAAGCGGAAGGAGGAGGCCGGAGCGCCGGGCGGCGGCGCCGCAGGCAUGGCGGCUGGCUUCCCGUACGCGCUGCGCGCCUACCUCGGCUACCAGGCGGUGCCGAGCGGCAGCAGCGGGAGCCUCUCCACGUCCUCCUCGUCCAGCCCGCCCGGCACGCCGAGCCCCGCCGACGCCAAGGCGCCCCCGACCGCCUGCUACCCGGGGGCCGCGCCGGCGCCCUCGCAGGUCAAGAGCAAGGCCAAGAAGGCGGUGGACAAGCACAGCGACGAGUACAAGAUCCGGCGCGAGCGCAAUAACAUCGCCGUGCGCAAGAGCCGCGACAAGGCCAAGAUGCGCAACCUGGAGACGCAGCACAAGGUCUUGGAGCUCACGGCCGAGAACGAGCGGCUCCAGAAGAAGGUGGAGCAGCUGUCGCGCGAGCUCAGCACCCUGCGGAACUUGUUCAAGCAGCUGCCCGAGCCCCUGCUCGCUUCCUCCGGCCACUGCUAGCACGGCCGGCCCGCGGGCGCGGCCCCCCUGCCGGCCGGGGGCUCCGCGCUGCCGGGCGCGCGCCGAGACUCCGGGGAGCACCCUCGCUCGGGACCCUGGGAGCCCGAGACCCCCGCCGCCCCGGUCCUCGUGGCGCCGGCCAGACUUUGGCACAAGGGCGCUUGGCAGCACGGGGAGCCCUCGGUCACUUUGCUAUUUUCUGAUCGAUCUAGCUCUGUUUUCGCCCACCCCAAGCACACAGGCGGAGGGGGGCGGCCGCCCGUGCUGGUGUUUGAAGAAGACGCGUCCGUGUGUACAGAUGAAUGAUAAACUCUUGCCUCUGCCCCCCUCUCCCGGGCGCCGGCGGGCGGGCCGGUUUCGAAGUUGAUGCAAUCGGGUUAAACAUGGCUGAAGGCGUGUGUACACGGGACUGACGCAACCCACGUGUAACUGUCAGCCGGGCCCUGAGUAAUCACCCAGAGAUGUUCCUACGCGGCUGUUGCUGUUGCUGUUGUGUUUUUUUUUUUUUUUUGGUCUUUUUUUUUGUAUUAUAAAAACAAAUAAUCUAUUUCUAUGAGAAAAGAGGCGUCUGUAUAUUUUGGGAAUCUUUUUCCGUUUCGAGCAUUAAGUAAGAAUACUUUUAAUAAACUUUUUUUUUUUUUGAGAAUGGUUACCGAGCCUUUUGGGGGCAGUAGUUGGCUUUUGGGUUUUGUUUUCCCUUUUCUCGUGGAGUUACAGGGUUUUGCCUUAGCCUUUCUGGUGUGUAGGGGUUGUGUGUUGUGUGUGUGGGGGAAGCGUGAUUAUUUUUGGAGUCUUUGGUGGUGGCUGGGGGUGUCGUAGCUGGCUUUUUGCCUCCUUUGCUGUUCCCCGUCUGGAGAUGGGGUGCCUUCUCUGGGGUGAAGAGUGUUGGCUGGAGCUUUGAGGGGUGACGCGGUGCCCUGCUUCCCUGUGUCUGGCUGCAGCUGGGAACUCUGCUUGGGGACAGGACUGGAGGGUCAGGCAAGGGUUUGGCAGGCCUGUGGCCCCCUUGCCCUUUGUCUGGGGGACCUGACAGGCAGGCCAGCCUUGGGCUGGUGGGAGGAGGGAAAAUGGGUUGGAUUGGGGAGAAGGGUGUCCCCAUUUUUUCUCUGCUGGCUGUGCCUGAGGGACUAGUCAUUCACCUGCCUGCUCCAGGUGGCUGAGCCUGGACUUGAACCUGGGCCUUCUCUUGUGUGCUCCGUGGCCCCUCUGCAUCCUCCUGCCCCCCCCCCCGGUUCCCUCCCCCCCCCCCCCGCACUCCCCACCAACUCCGAAUCUUAACAACAUUCCUGAGAGUUGAGGCUGCGGAUGCAGGGCCUGGUGGAUCCACGCAAGUGGUGUCACUCGGUGCCUGGCACACUCCAGGGGUUAUAUAAGCGUGGCUCCUGUGCUUUUUUUCUGCUGGGAGGCUCCUGGCAUUGGGUGCCCCCGACUUUGGUGCAGUGCAAGUGUGGCAGGCACUUGCCAGGGGCCAGUGUCUGGUAAUUCCUGGCCCUGCCCCAUUGGGUGUAAGCCUCACACCCAUCUUUGGGAGCCCAGCGACUAGGAUGGCGCUUGUUUUUAGCUCCCUGGGGCAGCUUCUGGCCCUCAGAUCCUCCAUGGGUUCUGGAAACUGAUUUAGGGUCAAUUUUCUCCGAGGGACUGAAGGGUAGCUAGCCCUGGAGGUGGGCUUGCUGCUGCUGCUGCUGCUGCUGGUAUGCCUGGAGAUGGGGAAUGCUCUGGGAACCUGUGUGUGCUUUCCCAUUCGGAGCCCUGGAUACAUGCAGGAUGGAGUUGGUGGUGACCCUGGACACCUCACCGUACAGCUGAGAUGUCUCCUGGGGGUGGCGGCGAGAGGCUGGGCACGUGACUGGCUGCAGAUAACCUCUCAUCAUUGUUGGCCUGUGCCUGCAGCAAAGUCCCGAUCAGGUCUCCUGACCCAGCCUGGGGGCCUGGCCUGGACCAGCAGGUGACCCCAUCUUUCUAGGUGUGAUGUCACCAAGUGGAUUCCAUCCGUGCCAGCUUCCCUUUGCCACAGACAGGGUGGCUGAGGGCUGAUGUUCCCCUGAUUGUGGGGGAUGCAAAGGAGAAGGGCACAGCCGGCCAGGGGGGACCCCCGGUACCACUGCUCCCUGCGUGUUUGCGUCUCCCUGCCAAGUGUACGUUUCUCAGGAAGACAGCGAUGCAUGCCGGGGUGCGGCUGGUGGAGCUGGGACAGAGUUGGACUGGACAACUGCUCAACCUCCUUACCCCCAAAUCCUCAGCCCUUCCCAUGGGGUUCCUGGCCUGGGAACACACGCACACAUACACAAAGUCAGUUAGGGAGCACCAGAAAGGGGGCUCAGACCCAACCCAUGUGAGUGCCAACGGGGGACUGGCAAACAUCCCUCCCCAGCUGAGGACCUUGACCGUGGUCUCUGUGGCCUCCCUGUGGGACACCCAGCCCAAGGCUUACUGGCCCCUGAGUGCCACGGGCUUGUAGGGAAGAAAGAACAGGCUGUUCACACCUCUGGAAGCAGUGAAUGGGCUGGGGUGAGAACAGGAGGGUGCCCAGGAGGCCAUGGGCACAAGAAGGUGCUUCCUGAGUGCCCAGCAACAAGCCAAGCCCUUGGCACUGUCGCUGGUUCUGUGUUCCUGGCAAGCCUUGUUGCAGAAGCUGCAGACCCUUCAGUGGUUGUGGCCCCGAGGCCAGCCCUGGA